GGGCGGUGCUGUGGGACAGAGGGAGUGACGCAACGUGUGUGUUGGUGUCCGUAGGAGCUGCGGCUUGUGAUUGUGUCCUGUUGCGGCUCCCGGCUGGGGAUUGGCGGCGCUCGGUGGGAUCUGGCUUCCCGGUUUGCCUCGCUCCGUUAUGGUUGCACUUUUUGCUUGCAUUAUGCUUUUUAAUAUUCCCGGAGCCCUGCGAAAGUGAUGAGAGGCUUAUGAUUACAAGGGACCUGUUGUAACUGCUGAACAGGGAAAGGCUCAGGAUGUCUGAUGACUGCUUAUGACCUAUUCUGGCCAGGAAAGAAGCCAAACUAUUCUGUUGGUGACUCAGGGGGAAACCAGCAGGUUCCAUAAAUCUUGGCUGGCGGCUUGGCCCGAGUAGCUCUGACUGAUAGCGAUUGCUGCCUCUUGGCUGCAUCUUCGACCUGUAACGCUCCGUGUGAGAUUCUGCAACCAUGCCAGCGCUAUCGACUGGAGCUGGAAGUGACACAGGUCUGUAUGAGAUCUUGGCUACGCUACCGGCCCAGCUGCAGCCACAUGUGGACAGCCAGGAAGACCUGACCUUCCUUUGGGAUAUGUUUGGUGAAAAAAGCCUCCAUUCACUGGUGAAGAUACAUGAAAAAUUGCAUUACUAUGAGAAGGAGAACCCUAUGCCCGUUAUCCACAGUGCUACAGCCUUGGCAGAAGAACUGGCGGAGGAACUGCAGAGCAAGUCGCUGAACAGUGAGAUCAGAGAGCUGCUGAAACUGCUGUCAAAACCAAAUCUCAAGGCUCUUCUCUCAGUGCAUGACACAGUGGCACAGAAGAGCUAUGAUCCUGUGCUUCCUCCCAUGCCCGAUGACAUUGAUGAUGAUGAAGACUCAGUGAAAAUCAUCCGCCUGGUAAAGAACCGAGAGCCACUGGGUGCUACUAUUAAAAAAGAUGAGAAGACAGGUGCAAUUGUUGUUGCCAGAAUAAUGAGAGGCGGAGCUGCAGACAGAAGUGGACUAAUCCAUGUUGGAGAUGAACUGAGGGAAGUCAAUGGCAUAAGUGUGGAGGAUAAGAAACCAGAAGAAAUCAUACAUAUUUUGGCUCAGUCUCAAGGUGCAAUAACAUUUAAAAUCAUACCUAGUAUUAAAGAGGAGCCACCAAACAAUGACGGAAAGAUGUUUGUUAAAGCCCUCUUUGACUACUACCCUAAUGAGGAUAAAGCUAUUCCUUGUAAAGAAGCUGGGCUUUCGUUCAGAAAGGGAGAUAUCCUUCAGAUCAUGAGCCAGGAUGAUGCAACCUGGUGGCAAGCCAAACACGAAGGUGAUGCCAAUCCCAGAGCAGGCUUGAUCCCUUCAAAGCAAUUCCAGGAGAGGAGAUUUGCGCUCCGAAAACCUGUAGUGUCGAACCAGCCGCAGAAAGUUCCCAACAGAAAAUCAUAUGAGGAAACUGUUGAGUAUGAGGAAAUUGAAGAAGAUGCAGAGUUUGCUGCUCAUAGCACUGGAACCUAUUUAGCCGGGUUUAGAAGAAGUUUUCGUCUCAGCAGGAAAGACAGAAAAACAAAUAAAUUUAUGUACGAAUGUAAGAAGAGCGACCAGUACGAUACAGCAGAUGUUCCGACGUACGAAGAAGUGGCACUGUAUCAGCGGAAGCCUAAUGAGAAAUACAGACUGGUCAUCUUGGUUGGACCCGUGGGGGUCGGUGUAAAUGAACUGAAGAGGAAGGUGCUGAUCGGCAACAGCCAGCACUAUGGAGUUACUGUACCACAUACAACGAGAGGGAAGAGAAGCCAAGAGAACGAUGGAGUAGAAUACAUAUUUAUUUCUAAGCAUUUGUUUGAAACUGACAUACACAAUAACAAGUUUAUUGAGUACGGCGAAUAUAAAAACAAUUACUACGGCACAAGCUUAGACUCGGUCAGGUCGGUCCUGGCGAAGAAUAAAAUCUGUUUGCUGGACGUGCAGCCUAACAGCUUAAAACACUUGAGAACAUCGGAAUUUAAGCCUUUUGUUAUAUUUAUCAAGCCUCCCACUAUUGAGCGUCUGAGAGAGACACGGAGGAACGCAAAGGUGAUCUCCGGAAAGGAUGAGAGAGGGGCAGCCAAACCCUUCUCGGAUGAAGAUUUUGAAGAGAUGAUUCAGUCGGCGGAAGCCAUGGAAGCUCAGUACGAUCACUUUUUUGACACAACCAUAGUCAACGAUGAUCUUUCUGCAGCUUACAAUGAACUCAGGUCAACCCUGGAGAGGCUGGAGAUGGAGGGCUUUUGGGUGCCAGUCAGUUGGCUGCACUCCUGAGCCGUGUCCGACAGCACCAAUUGUUUUACCUUUUGUUUCAUGUAAAUAUCGCACACGUUAGCAUUUUGUUGGUGGGCUUUUUUUUUAUUUGCUCUGGUGGAACUCAUUUUAAAUAUCGCUCUCAUUUCUUUUUGGAUACGAUGAAAAUGAUUUUUGGAAAGGAAGAGAAAGAUUCUGAAUACAUGCCUUUCUGUGUGCUAUAAUAUAAGGGGAAAAGUAUGUGCAGGGGGCUUUAAGCAAGUUAUAAAAAAAAAAAACUGUAGUGUUUCUGGUUGUCCUACAUGAAUGAAGCCAAUGAAGGAUAUCAGGGCUGCAGUUUAUUGUAGAAGAGGGAGUUGGUUGGGAAAUGUAUAGUUCACAUGUUGGAAUUGUUUUUGGCAGCCAGGUUGUGCAGUAAGCUCGGACUAUGCUUUAACUUCAUCGCUGCCAGGGGGCUCCUUUGCGUUGGCCUCCUCUUCUCAAGGUGAUCCUGUGACCUGUAACAUUACACUGGAAUACCCAAGACUCUGGGUCUUAUUUUGUUUGUUUGUUUUUGUGAAACAUCUCAGUCUUUUUG